CCUCCCGGAAGUCCGCGGUCGCCUUGUCGCGUGCCGGCCGCGCUUCCUCUCCUCUCCCCAUCACCGCGCUGUGCCCACCAGACGACUCCUCUCUCCCCCCACCGCACGGACGGAGCCAAGCACGCAGGCGAGCAGCUCUUCAGCGACUCGGCGAGGAUGGAAAUGCUCUUCAGCAGCCUUUUCUGUGAUUCAGCAUCAUCGGAGAACUUUUCUGGUCAUCCCGGUGUUGAGAGAUGCCCAUUCCUGAGGAACAUCAAUGGAGCUACAACCUUUUCAUUUUCUUCUGCUUUGCCUGUAGCUGCCCGAGGAGGCAAAGGUCCGAUCUUUGAGGAUGGACCAGGCUUUGAGUCGGCAUUCAAGCUUUUUCAUGGACAGGAUGGGAUAGUUCCCCUUUCAGGAAGAUCAUAUGUGCCUGAUGAGAACCGCAGUGAGAGCACUGAUGUCAAGCCUGAACCUGCUCUGCCCUUUAAUCCAUUGGCUGCUAGAGCCGCUACCAUAAGCCUAUCAGCAUUUGGACCAUUCGGGUUUAACUUCUUUAAUGGCAAGGGCAAAAAGCAGAACAAGAAGCCCAACAAUCUCGACCAGUCACAGAAGAAGCCCAACAAGCCAGAUCAGAAUUCCAUGAAACAAAAAGGAGGCAACCCACCGUCCCACGAGGCAAUGAGUGAUGAAUGGCUAGAAAAUGGACAGUGCCCACUAGCUCGGUCUUACCGGGCAAUGAGUGGUGUUCUGCCCCUUGUUGCCAAGGCACUACAGCCACCAGCUGGUAUGAAGCUGAAGUGCCCGCCUGCGAUUGUUGCUGCACGAGCAGCCCUUGCACGCACAACCCUCGUGAAGUCCCUCCGUCCCCAGCCCCUGCCUGCAAAGAUGGUAGCCAUCGCAAUGCUCGGGAUGGCAGCGAAUGUCCCUCUAGGGGUGUGGCGCGAGCACACCAAGAAAUUCUCCCCCCAGUGGUUCGCUGCCGUGCACGCCGCCGUUCCGUUCAUCGCGAUGCUGAGGAAGUCUGUCAACAUGCCCAGGACCGCGAUGGUGUUCACCAUAGCAGCCUCCAUCCUCGGGCAGACCAUCGGGUCUAGGGCCGAGCGCAUCCGCCUGAAGACUCUGGCUGCAAAGGGCACCGCCGGCCCCGCCACCGCAGUCACUGUCAUGUAUCCAGACAAGAGCGGCAGCUGCAGCGACGCCGAGGGCAAGGCGUGGGAUCCUCUUGCGCUGAAGAUGCCUGGCUCUGCUAACGCCGGUGCUCCUGCACCAACCCCUAGCAUGUGCUUUUAGCCGCGGAAUUUAGCGGCCAGGUACCGAUUUCUAUUUAUCGUGUAUGUAAUUGCCUUGCCUGUCCCUAGAAAGCAGAGCUGCUUGUGAUGUUUUCUGGGAUGAGACAAGUGGAAUAAGGUGCUAUAGUACCAUGUCAUGGUGUGUCGUCAGUCUAUGCAUCUGUAAUCUGAUGCUAAUAUAUACUCGUAUUACACAGAAACAAUUAUAUUGUGGUUGUCCUUCAA